UGCUAUCUUUCAUGCGCUUACAAUAUUGUAUAUAAGAAUCGACAACUAAGUACAACCUAUGUAGAAAUCUCCAGUUCUUUUGUGAAGAUAUAUCAAAAGAAAACUUCUCAUCAUGAAGAUUUUUAUGAUAUGCUUUGCCAUCUUGGGAUGCCUCCUCGUAGCAACGACUAGCUCAUCCAUAAGUUUGCGUUCAGCGCCUGUUGUUAGUUCAACUCUUGUCAGGAAUGAUCAUAUUGGGGGUGGUAGUAUUGUCGUCGAGCGUCCAUAUGAAGUAGCCCCACCACUAAUCGACAACCGUUUCCGACCAAUACCACUUGUUUAUAGUGGAAUAUUGCCUUUCAAUUAUCCAAAUUAUCCUUAUGCGUCAUUAUACCCUUAUAGCCUUUACUACACUCAACAUAGUUUGACCGCUUUAAAAUAGUUGCAAACACAUUACUGGCAAUUAAUUUGAAUGAAAAUAAAUACUAGAUA